AUGGGAUUCGUGUACAUGAAAAGUCAGGGUGCACAGAGCGGUUCUCUGGGGAAGGGUACUGCCAUUAAGUCCAAGUCUGACAUCGAUCUUGUGAUGCUCAUAUCAGAGCUGCCACCCAUCGACAGCCAUGACUACUACCGCCAGUUGCAGUACUAUCUUGAGCAGAUGGAAAGAGCGAUGAUAACAUCGAAGGACAGCAUCGCCUACAACCUUGAAGUGUUGGGCCGCACUAGCCAUGCCGUAAAACUGCGGGUGAAGACCCAGAAGAGGGACCACGAGUCACAUGAUGUGGACCUUCUGUUGGCCACAGACCUACUAGGACCUGAUCCCACUAGUGCUAGGAAGACAGAAGUGUACGCCCUGAUGGGCAGCAUGAGCAGCAGGAUGAGGGAGAGCUGUUCCGCAGCGCUGGUGGAACUACAGCGGGACUUCGUGAAGAAGCAGCCCGCAGAAGUGAAGGACCUCAUCCGGCUGGUCAAGAUGUGGAAGAAAUCAUGUGUCAGAGAAAAAAGCCUGACGUCCUACCCACUGGAGCUGCUCUGCAUCCACACCUGGCGCUACAACAUGAGCGUGACAGAUGCAUUCAAGACCGUUCUGGAGCAGCUGUGUAACUACAGGAGCAUCAAGGCCAGCUGGGCCGAAAACUACACUACAGCAAGGAAACAAAUUUUGGAUCAAAGGCCCCUGAUCCUGGACCCUGCCAACCCCUACAACAACGUGGCUGACCGCUGUAGGGGCUGGCCUUCGGUGGCUCGGGCUGCUGAGGAGACCCUGCAGAAACCGUUCUUCUCUCGCUAA